AUGGAGUGCAGCUACCUCUCCUGGGAAGUCGAUGCCUUGGUCAACCCAUUACGCGAAACCGACUUGGACAAGGCAGCAAAGUCGUCCGUCACUCUGAACCCGAACACCAUCGCCGAGGUCUUUCUCGUCUUCAGAGGCGUAUCCAGUAUGGUCGGCACCGACGUGGACGGGAUGGAGGACCAGAGCAAGUUCCGCGUCAUUGAGUGGGGAGGCGUGGAGGUGAACCUGGAGCUAGAAUAA